CCUUGGCUUUGCUAACACUGUUUUUAACGCAUAUAAACAAAUCACACGGAUAAUAUCCUAAAUUUACAUAUUUAUUUUAUAUUUUAUCUCAGAACCAUGAUUUCAAACCUAAAUUUAGUGUUAUUAGCGAUAAUGACGCUGGUGUGUUCGCUGCCGUGUGGAUACUCCCGAGGCAUCCCUCCCGAUGAAACGAUUUUACCCCAGAAUUCAAGUGACCUUUUGGCCAAUCACAAUGAAACUCAGAGAAAUAUCACCCUGACCAAUGAAGUGGUGAGAUCCACAGAUUUAACUGAGCCAAAGAAAGAGGCAACAAAAAUAAUUCCAACCACUCCGACGAUCGUAAGGCAUUUAAUUCGUGAAAAACGUGAUGCAAAUGUGCCCUUCGAUUUUCAAACCAGUCAUUUACCAUGCGACAUGGACUUGGGAGCUGUCAGGAAGAUCGUGACGGUAUUACCCAACAACUGCAUUUGGGCGUUCAACAACAGGUUCGUUUCAGAGGAAUAUUAUCGCAUUUUCAAAACCUACCAGCUGGAGGCCUUUAUGUUCGGUCAGUACCACGAGCGCUUGAGGCGAUUUGAAAUGGAUCCGCAUACCUGGGACUAUGCGAGUGUGGUAACGUAG